CCUACCUUCCGUCACGCGUCUCUCGGGCAACGCGUUUUGCUCUGCGCGCCGCGUGGGCCCAGGGAUUCACUCCGCGUCCGCGCGCUCGCCCUCCGAGCUUGGCUCAGGCUCUGGCUCGCUUGGCCGAGUCGUUCUCUAGCAUGGUAGACUCGGCUGCCAAGCAGUCCAGGCCCUCGGUCACAUGGAACCUGAGCUCGCCAUCUGUUUCAUUGGCCUCCCAGGCGACCACCAGUUCCGGCACCACCCCGACCCUGGCCUCCCAGCACGUUAGAUUCAUCAGCCAACCCGAAAUCCACGUAGCGACCCAGCCGCAGAUCUGCUUCCUGCGGCCGCGGACCGCGCAGCAGCCGGUGCUCUUCAGCCUAAUGAAUUCUAGUGAAGCAGCGGUGAAAAAGUUUUUACCCAAGAGUAACUUAUCUCGGGUGAUUAUUCGUGACAACCUCAGUGCACAACGAAUCUAUGAGAUGGAGAUAAGAGCCUCAGACAAGACCAAGAGAAAGAUGAGCCAUUUGUAUGACCACCUGAAGAAAAAGUUCAUGACAGACCAGCUCAGGAAGCUGGGGCGCUGGAGACGGGAAUCCAUGAUCAUCCAGCAAUACCUGGAUAGCAUCCGCCUGUACAAGGUCCACUUCAAACUCCAGCGUAACAAGAAAAGCCAGCCACCCUAGUCAAGGCAGAAUGAUCUGCCCCCCAUGUUCAUGACGAUGAGAGGCUGUGGGCGGUGACGGCAGAAAUCACCCACCUACACCAUUGUAGAACUACAAUAAAAUGAGACCAGCGGACCGUGGAGCGCAAAUGCUCUCAGCAAGUGUAAUACUC